CCUAGAAAUCCCAAACACAAUCGGAAAAACAGAAGCAAAAUGAACACCAUUACAGCACUAAGACAAGCGUGUUCUUCAACAAUCUCAAAUCUCAACCCGUAUCGGAUUCAACAAUGGCGGGGGAUCCGAGUGAAGGUAUACGACGGGAAUUUGGACAGAGCGUUACAAGUAUUGCAGAGGAAGAUGCAAUCCAGCGGAAUGGAGCGGCUGAUAAAGCGUGAACAGCUUCAUCAUAUCAGAAAUUCCGAGAAACGCGUUCUGGCUCGGAAGCUUUUGCAGCGGAAGAUUCAGUCUCAAGAAUUGGCUCGUAAACUUAAGGCUAUUCUCAUCAAGAAAGUCAGGGGUCUGUGAGCGCAGCUUCAGAUUACUUUUUUUGUUGUGACGCUGACCACGGUAGUUGAUCUUUUGCAGAACUCAGAGGUUACUUGCACAUUCUCUUUUACUUGGCAGAUGACAUUGCUCUACAGUUGAUACACACUUGAGUUUGCUGUGAACUUUUGAUAAAUUUCAUGUCGUUUGAGACUAAAAGAGCUAGUAUUGUAAUUCAAAUUGUUUUGUGGCUGCAACAUAAAGUUAGCAUUAGGAUCAUAGAGCGGAGUUGAAAUGCGGUAAAUCAUCGAAAGAUAAUCGCAAAAGACGCCUCGUUUUCUCCUUGUGGGGAAGCAAUUUCUGCUGAAUUAAGGCUCAAAACUAUAAAAUGUGUUGAGCAGAUGAUUUAUUAUGAACCUUUGGGAGAAAGUAAAUCAUAGUGAAAAUCUGCAAUUAUUGGUUGUAUUGCCUGUUUCUAA